UAGUAUCUUAGAUUUAUACCAUAAUAGCUACUUCAAAAAUUCAAAGGGAUGAAUUAAUAAUCACAUGUAUAUUAUAAUUAUGAAAUUUAAAAAAUUAUUAAAAUUAUCUCUAAAGCAAAAAUGGAAUCCAGCUAUUGGGCCCUUAUGGACCCAUUUCUCCCUAAAGAAGACACAUGCCCCAACCCCAUGUUGCCGGCCCCUAUCCUCCUCCUCCUCUCUUUCCCUUCAAAAACCUCUCUCUCUCUCUCUCUCUCUCUCCUCACUCUCACUCUCAUUCCCAUUCCCAACUCUUUCUUUGGCCUCCACCACCCUUCUCCGCCUCCACCUCCGCCACCAUGUCAACCAUGGACCCAUCUUCGGAUGAUCUUGCUGAUGAACUUGACAAUCUCAGUAUCACCUCCACCACUACUAAUGCCACCACCACCACCACCACUACCACAACUACAACUGCUCAAGAAACUGAGCAUAGUACAAGUUCUGGGUCCGAAGCCACCUGGACAACCUCAAACCAUGCAACCACCUUCUCCAAAUCUCACCACCCGCCACCGUGCGAUUCAUGUUGGCACGCAAUCCUACGUUCUAACUGCGAGAACUCAACCCUAACCCUAGCUGAUCUCCGCUUCGUCCACCGGCUAGGAAGUGGUGACAUAGGGAGUGUAUAUCUUGUAGAGCUUAAAGAGGGCAAUGGGUGUCUUUUCGCUGCCAAAGUUAUGGACAAGAAAGAAAUGGCUAGUAGAAAUAAAGAUAGCAGGGCAAGGAUUGAAAGAGAAAUAUUGGAAAUUUUGGAUCAUCCUUUUUUACCGACCUUAUAUGCCACCUUAGACUCCUCUAGAUGGUCAUGUUUGUUAACAGAGUUUUGUCCCGGCGGUGACCUCCAUGUUCUCCGGCAGCGACAACCCGACAAACGUUUCAACGAAGCUGCCGUCCGGUUUUAUGCAUCAGAAAUAGUGGCUGCCUUGGAGUAUCUACACAUGAUGGGAGUAGUCUACAGAGAUCUUAAGCCAGAAAAUGUUCUUGUAAGAUCAGACGGUCACAUAAUGCUUACAGAUUUUGAUCUCUCCUUAAAAGAUGAUAGCUCAACAUCAACCGCGCAAAUUGUUUCUGAUCAAAACCAACCAAUUAAAAAUGACUACUAUCCUCCUGAUCCACCUCAAUCCGCCACAUCAUCUUGCAUCAUACCUAAUUGUAUGGUGCCAGCUGUCUCGUGCUUCCACCCGAGACGCAGACGUAAAAGAAAGUCUAAUCAGCGCGGGACUGUAGAAAUCGUGGCCGAGCCAAUAGACGUACGAUCAAUGUCGUUCGUCGGGACCCACGAAUACUUGGCACCCGAGAUUGUAUCCGGUGAGGGGCAUGGCAGUGCGGUGGAUUGGUGGACCUUAGGCAUAUUCAUAUUUGAAUUAUUUUAUGGUGUGACUCCUUUUAAAGGGAUUGACCAUGAGCUAACCCUUGCUAAUAUUGUGGCUCGAGCCCUUGAAUUUCCUAAGGAGCCACCAGUGCCAGUGUCGGCUAAGGAUUUGAUCACACAACUUCUAGUUAAGGAUCCUAUAAGACGAUUGGGCUCAACAAUGGGUGCAACCGCUAUCAAACACCAUCAAUUUUUUAAUGGGACUAAUUGGGCAUUAUUAAGAUGUAGAACACCACCUUAUGUUCCUCGACCAGUGACUCGUCCUAGCUUUAUUAGAGAAGAGACUAGUAAUAAUUCCGUAGAAUAUUACUAGUAGAAAAAGGACAUAUUCUUUAAUUGUUUUAUUAAUUAUUUUCCCUUUUACCUUGAGGAAAGAAAAUAUGAAGGUUUAAGAUAUAGGAGAAGAAAAUUGAGUUAAUAUGACAUUAUUUUUAGGCCAGUCUCAUAAAUAUAUAUUAACACAAAGUAUAAUUCUUGCUCAAAAUGUUCAAAUUGAAAACCUUUUGUGAAAAAGACAUUAUGCCUGCCUUACAUGCCAUAUUUGUUGGGAGUAUAUAUAUUUAUUUUGUUUUGUAA